AAUCGUAAUGUACUGCAGAUAGAAGAUAUGAUACCUCUCAACUCCAUUGUUAUGAUUUGUUCCAAGAGAAAAUCGUUUUUCGAUUUUUAUUUAUUUUCCACUUUUCUCUUUUUAUUGAAUUUGAGUUAGACUUAUAAUUCAAAAAUGAAUUUAAAAAAGAAACCUGAUAAAAAUGUAACGUCUGCUACUGGAAGUAAGCAUCCCAAGGUUUCUGAGAUGGUCUUAUUAGCCAUUGCUAUGUUGAAUGAGCGAAACGGUUCUUCUGUCCAAGCGAUUAAGAAAUAUAUCUCGCAGUUUUUUAAUAUCGAAAUAAAAAACUUAUCAUUACACGUAAAGAAGUAUUUGAUCUUUGCCGUAGCGUCUGGAACGCUCGUACAAACUAAAGGAAAAGGAGCUGCUGGUUCUUUUCGACUUGGGGGCAGUAUGAAGUUUAAAAUGAGCGAACUUUUGGCCAGGUAUCCAAACCAAAGUAAAACCGAAGUUUCUGAUUCAAAAUCUAAUAGUGAGCCGGCUUCUGCUGAAAUGAAGAAGAAGAAAGCACCCAAAAAGAAAUCAAGACGAGCUGUGUGAAAUUUUGAGUGUAAACAAACUUAGAUCAACUAAGUGAAUGACUUGCAUAUGACUUUCAUGGGAAUAAAAUUCACCAAGACGUCUUUA